CAUCGGCGUGCAGUGUUGCGGUGUGGUCGACAGGUUAUCCUAGCGCAUAUCCAGCCUCACUGGUCUGUCGGAGGAUUUGACCUCAUCGUUGCUACUUGGAAAGCUCUCGCUUGCUGCAGGUCUAACAUUCGGACACAAUAUGAAGCGGCUGCUUCUGUUCGUGUUUCUCUAUUUGUGUGUGUUGUGCGCAUCCGCUAGACGGCGGGUAAGGAUCAACAACCCGGUGACGGUGAAGAGAGGACGCUUGACGUUUUUGAAACAGCGGAGUGAUUUGCAGAUUGAAUACGAAGAGGGUGAUGUUUGCGAGCUGAUAGUGCUGAGGAACAACCCUACGGACCAACUGAUUGGUGCGCUCACUACUGACCGGUUUGAUUGCAAUUACCCGGAUGACACAAUUGAGUAUGUUCAUUUUGGAGCAAUUUCUCCGCAGACGGAUCGAGUGGCUCUUCAGGCUGUAAUCCACAGUUCGACAGAGACGGUUAUCAUUCCGGUAACUUUGCAGAUCACUGUGGCGUUUGUUCAGCUAGAAAUAGUGAACAAUAAUCGGCCACUCGAGGUGCCUCGGCCUGGCGGAACGUCUGGUCCCAUUGAUUCCUCAAAGCUCACGUUCUCGUAUAAUUCAGAAACGACAGAUUGUCGUCUGACUUUGCUUGUUCAACCGGGUGGAUUGCCACGAUAUGGAGAACUUGUCAAUGCAGAAACUAAUGGCUUUAUGCAGGACUGCCAACUUUUUCUAAAUGCUGGUGUGAGAUAUCGACAUACUCGUCCACCAUCUCCUGACAGAGACAACAUCCCUGUCCUUGUAGAGCUGAAAGACAAGAGUACCAAUAGUGUGAUCAAGAGUGAGUAUUUCCAGGUGCUUGUUAGAAUCAGAAAUGCACAAGUCAAUCAAAGUCCAACCCGUGCCCUUGCAGCUUUGUAUGUCCUUGAAGUAAAUCAGUUUAUCCUGACUGCAAUUACACCGGAUAUCAUUGGUAUAGAGGAUGCAGAAACACCCGCUGGAGAGUUGAUUUUUAACAUUACACGACCAUUAGAAGAUGGACAAGGAGCCAUUGUCAGCACGGAUGACAGGAACUUACCAUUGCAGGCUUUUAGACAACAGGAUGUGACAGACUUGAAGAUUGCGUACUCCCCACCUACAGAUGGUUCAGAUGUCAAGCGGUUUUUUGAAGUUUAUUUCGAGGCUGUAGACAGUGAAGGAGAGACAAGUGAUGAGUUCAACCUGGUCAUAAUUGUCAAUCCUAAGAACACGCUAGCACCAUUGACUACUAAGAAUAAGGGACUCACUCUGUUUGAGGGUCAAAGUCGUCCUUUUGACAGGCAUGUGUUGGUUAUCUCGGAUGAGGAUAAUGUUGACGAUGUAGUAGUAACAGCAAUUAAUGGCCCACAUCACGGAACUCUUUACAAGGAGGAUGAAGAUGGGAAUAUCGAGGAAACACGCACAUUUACAGUUCACGACUUGCGGCGAGGUGUCUUCAAGUAUAAACAUGAUGGCAGUGACACGUAUUCUGAUAACAUAGUGUUCAGUAUGAAUGAUGGUCGCCAUGAGGUCAUAUUCCUUAUUCCCGUUACCAUUAGUCCUCUCGAUGAUGAACACCCUAGGUUGACUGCGAACGUCCUUCUUCGUCUUCAGGAAGGACAAACUGUGCCAAUCACUGUUCUUCAUCUCAGUGCAACUGAUGUUGACUCACAGGUCUCAUCCAUUAGGUUUGUAUUGGAAGCAACAGGUCUUCCCCAAGCUGGUCAGCUCAUUUACAGACAACGUGAAACUCCAGAUCCUCUAACUGGCUUUACAUUUGUGGAUGGCUAUUACGAGAAGCCAGUUGUUAGUUUUACACAGCAAGAUCUUGCUGAUGGCCGAAUCUUUUAUCGGCAUGAUGAUAGUGAGGUUUUUGAAGACGAGUUUCGAUUCAGAGUGCAAGAUGAUUUUACUCCUCCAAACAGGUCACCUGUGUUGAGUUUCAAAAUCAAAAUACAGAAGCUGGAUGAUCUAACGCCAUCACUUGUUCCUGGUAAGCCUCUCAAGAUGGAUGUGGAAGAAGGACGGCCCAAGAUAUUAUUGAGCGACUUUUUACUCUACACAGACAUAGACACUGAGGAUGAUAAACUCAUUUAUAACAUCACCGAUGGGCCAAAACUGGUAGGUGACACAGGGUCUGCUGGUUUUCUAGUUCUGACUGAUAAUAACAACAGAGUUGUGACAACAUUCACUCAAAAGCGACUAAAGCAUGGAAAAAUAACUUACAGGCCUCCCACUGGUGAACAGGGAACUAGACAGAAAACUGUUGAGUUCACGUUCUCUGUUGCUGAUCCCGAUGGCAACACACUGAGUGGACAGAAAUUUAUAAUUACAUUGAUUCCUAUGGAUGAGGUAGUUCCAACUGUUCGAAGUGACAUUCAACCAACAGUUGGAGAAGGAAAGAUGAUUGUUCUUGGUCGAGAGCAUUUAGAUGCAUAUGAUCAAGAUUCCAAUAGAUCACAGAUUGUUUUCAUUGUACAGUCAAUUCCAGAGAAUGGAGUGAUAUACAGAGAUGGAGUGCCACUUCGUGUGGGAGAUCGUUUUACACUGAUUGAAGUAGACAACAGUCGUAUCACGUACCAACACACAGGAUCUGAAACAACUUCAGAUCAGUUUCAGCUUGUUGUGUCAGAUGGCAAAAAUAACCAGACAGCGACCAUUCGUCCUAAGAUUAUGGCUCGUGACGACACACCACCAGUUUUAGUGCAUGUACGACCAAUCUCAGUAAAUGAAAAUGGUAUCAGUGCCAUUACACAAGAAAUUAUCAAGGCAACUGAUAUUGAUACAAAUAACUUGAGGCUAAGGUUUGUUGUUGUGCAGAGGCCAACGAAGGGUGAGAUUCGAGUCAAUGGAACUGUUGCUGACAGUUUUACUCAACUUGAUGUUCUCAAUGGUUUGGUGAUAUAUGUACACACUGGAGGUGAAAUUGGUGUUUCACAGGAUACAGACACAUUUACACUGAACAUCACCGAUGAUUCAACAGAUGUUCCAGGUGGAAACAUUCUAGGGGGAAUUGUGCUGACAAUCACUGUGCUACCUGUUGAUAACCAACCACCUGUAGUGACUGUCACUCCAGGAUUCAAGGUCUUUGAAGGUGGACGCUCUCAGAUCACGUUUGACAACUUAACAGUGUCAGACUUGGACACAAACAUUGGCGAUAUCAUUUGUAGGGUGACGUCUGUUCCUAAUGAGGGUUACAUUGAAAACCAAGCUCCAGUGGAGGGAGGAGAAAAAAGUCAACGUGGCAAAUCAAUUAAUACUUUCACAAUUCGUAAUGUUCUUGAUGGAUACAUUUACUAUGUCCAAGCUACUGACUCUGGUGAAUCACAGGAGCCAUCUCUUGACAGAUUUACAAUGGUCUGUGGGGAUACAGAAAAUAACAAAGCUGAGCCUAUUAAUUUUGACAUCGUUGUUGAACCAGAGAAUGAUGAACCUCCCAAGAUGUUUGUGGAGGCAUUUGUUGUUGAUGAAGGGGGAGUGUUGGGAAUUACCCCCACACGCUUACGAGCAACUGAUGGAGAUGUUCCGAAGCAGACUCUGACAUUUGUGAUAACUAAGCAGCCUGACCAUGGAGAGAUUGUUGAGCAACGUUUGGCUGGCAAUGUGCAGAUCACGUCAUUCACAAUGGAUGACAUAACUAGGGGUGCAAUAUUCUACUUGCACGAUGACACAGAGUCGAAAACUGAUACAUUCAAUGUGAUCCUUACUGAUGGCAAAUAUGAAGAGCCCAAGACAAUUACCAUCAACAUUCUUCCAGUUGAUGAUGAAACACCAAGAUUGAAAUACAACAGAGGACUAAACUUGAUUAAGCUUGGUGUUCAUGAAAUCAUUAGGAAACGUUUGUUGACUGCAACUGAUAUUGACAGUGAAGAUGAAACACUUACUUAUACUCUGCGCGUGGUACCUCGGAUGGGUUAUCUACAGUUACUGGUAGGCAAUGUAUGGCGCAAUUUGACAGUCAACAACAACUUCACUCAAGCUAAUAUCACUGGCAACAGAGUCCGGUUUCUUAGCAAUGGCAAAGAUGGGGGCAGGGAUCGUUUUAAGUUUGAUUUGACAGAUGGAUCUAACACGUUCGUUGAUAGGGAGUUUAUCAUUAAUAUUCCACAAGUUGAUGGCACACCGCCUGUACUGAGAAUUCGGCCAGCUGUAGUGAGAGAAAACAACAUCGUUGUCAUCAGUACAGAUUUUCUUCAUUCUUUCGAUAAGAACUCACAAGAUCAAAAGAUAAAGUACACUGUUGUUCAGGCUGCACAGUAUGGAAGGCUUGAGAAUUCGGACAAUCCUGGUAUUCCAGUGGCUAUGUUCACUCAGCUUGAUUUGGCAGGAAAUAAGAUACGAUAUGUUCAUACAUCGACUGGUGAAGAGACCAUGGACACAGUUGAAAUUCGUGCUACUGAUGGAGUCAAUGAUGUCUUAGGAACUCUUGUCAUCAUGAUUACAGCAACAGAUGAUGCACUUCCUAUUGUCUUUAAUAAUCAACUGAGUCUAGAUGAAGGUGCAUCUAAGUGGAUCACUCCAUUUGAGCUAAGGGCAGAAGAUGCAGACACAGCGUCAAACAAGAUCGUAUUUACUAUCACACAAGAACCAAUGCAUGGUAAAGUGCGUCGCAAAGGCAAAGUUGGUCGUCAGUUCACGCAAGAGGAUCUUGAUCUAAAUUUGGUCACAUAUGAACAUGAUGGAUCAGACACAAUUGAAGAUGAAUUCAAGUUCACUGUGUCUGACUCAACAAAUAGGGAGUUUUAUCCCUCCAUUACCAGUAAGCGGCCAACACACAAGUCACAAGUUUUCAUUAUAAAUGUAAAUCCAAUCGAUGACAUGCCACCCAAAAUUAUGAGGUUGCUCCCCAUCAUCAAUCUGUUUCCUAGUAUUACACCUGGACCUGGUGUCAAGAAUACCCCUAAUCCUAUUUCGGGUGAUGUGGGUUACUGCUUUUCUACGAGUGGAUUAGAGGCCGAUGAUCCUGACUCGGAUGUUGCACAGUUGAGAUACGUGAUUGUGGAACAACCAGAAUUUGGACACAUCACAACCGAGGCUACUGGCAAUGCAAGUGUUACUUCAUUCACACAAGAAGAAGUGAAUGCUGGCAAAGCUUGCUAUAUAUUAACUAAUCGCAAUGCAUCAAGUGACAUAUUUGUAUUCAAUAUUAUUGACAGUGCUGGCAACACUCUCUUCAACCAACGAAUUCGUUUGGACUGGUCAUAUGUAGAAUUUGCUUCUGCAUUUUAUGAAGUAAAGGAAGAUGCAGGCUUUUUGUACAUCACUUUGAAGCGGCAUGGAGACCUCAAUCAGGAAUCAUUUGUUACAAUCAAGGCUAUUGGAGAGACUGCAGAAAAGGGUGUUGACUUCAAACCUGGACGCUCACCGCAAGUUUAUUUUGCUGUUGGUGUGAAGGAAAAUACAUGGAAAUUGGAGAUCAUCAAUGACAAGCAGUAUGAGAGAGUCGAGAGCUUCAGAGUUGAGUUGAGUGAACCAGUAAACACGGUGUUGGAUGAACCUACAAGGACUAUUGUGACAAUUGUUGAUCAGGAUGAUGAACCCACCCUGUCAUUUGGUGAAGCCAAAUACAGAGUACAGGAGGAUGUUGGAGAACUACUCAUACCAAUACAUCGAACUGGUGACAGUAUUUUAGAGACAUCAGUCAUCUGUUCAACAUUUCCCAACACAGCCACUGGAACGACACCCUUUACUGUUGAAUCUAAGUCAGACUAUGUAACGCGCCCAGAUUCUGCACACUCAAGUGUCAUUGAGUUUUUGGAAGGAGAUACUGAGAAGAUGUGUCGCAUCAUAAUCAUUGAUGACUCACUUAAUGAGGAAGAUGAAACCUUCAAUGUCAAUCUGCUAACGAUCUCAGGAAGCAAGAUUGGAGAGAUAAGUGAAACGGAAGUAACCAUUCUAACAGAUCACAGUGAUGUCCCAGUUUUCCGAUUUGCACAGGAGGAAUAUUAUGUAGAUGAGAGUGAUGAUUAUGUGACGGUUGAAGUUCUUCGAGAGGGCACUGACUUUUCAGAGCCAGGCAGUGUCCAAAUUGCUACAGCUCGUUCUAAACCAGCAUCGGCCGAACCUGGUCUGGAUUAUAUUCCAGUCUCCCAGAUGUUGGAAUUUGCUCCUGGCGUUAUUCGAACAAAGGUAGACAUCAGAAUAGUUGAUGAUUCAAACAAUCCAGCCAUUGAAGGCGUAGAGACAUUCCAGGCUCGUCUGCUCAUGGCUAUGAAUGCUAUUGUUGGAUCUCCCAAUCGUGCUAUAGUCUAUAUCAAUGACACAGUGUCUGACAGGCCUCAGUUCAAAUUCAGUGAAAAGACUGUGACUGUGAAUGAAAAUGAUGGUGUAAUUGAAGUAGUUGUUAUUCGGACUGGAGAUACAAGUAAGGAAGCAACAGUGCGUUGUUAUACUCGGCAAGCAUCAGCAGAAGUGAUGAUGGACUUUGCGGAGAGGCCAAACUCGGAUGCGUCAAUCAUCACUUUUGCACCAGGAGAGCGAAGGAAGGUAUGUAGAGUAGAGCUCAUGGAUGAUACCUUGGAAGAGACAGAUGAAUCUUUCCGACUGCAUUUAAGUGAACCAAACAGUCCUGAUGGGGCAGGUAUUAUCAGGCCACACGUCGUUGAGAUUAUAGUCAAAGACAAUGGCGACAAGCCCAUUAUUCUGUUCAAAGAGACAAGGCUUUUGGUUGAAGAACCAGCAUCUACAGAUGAUUCCGUCUAUGCAAACCUCACAAUCGUUCGACUGGGAGACAUCUCACAGUUGUCUAUUGUCCAAGUCUACACAGAGGAUACACAAGCUCAAUCUGGAACAGAUUAUUUGCCCUUCUCAAAACAAAUCAGAUUUGUCUCGAACAUGUCUCAAGCUAUAGUUUCCAUUGCAGUGCUAGGGGAUGGAGUGGCUGAAGGUCGAGAGUCAUUCAAGGUUCGCAUAGGUGACGACCUUCAAAACAGAGCUGAAAUCAGGAAAGACGCUGCUGUUGCUCAUAUCUUCAUUGAUGAUCCGAAGACUGGGAAUGGCAAGACCUUAGAAGAUACCCCUGUAUUUCCUCUUCCACCUGUUGUCGUAUCAUUGGAAGAUUAUGAUAAUGCAGGCGAGGGUAGAGAUCCAGAUGAGGGAUACCCUGUUGUGUGCAUCAGUUCUUGUAAUCCAAAGCACCCUCGGUAUGCAGAGGCUGGCCCCAUUUGUGAUGUCGAUGAUACAAGGACAAAAUAUGAAUGGAAGGUUGCUGACAAGGGUUCUGAUCUUGUUCGACUUACAUCUGGCACCUUCUUUGCCGAUGUGAAUGCAAUGGUGUUGGAUAGUGUGUACUUAAAGUCAGGCGGUCGUGUUCAAUGUACAGCAAUUCCAGUGAAACUGGGAGGCCCUGAUUCAGAUACCGAGAUAGUCGGAAUCCCGAGUGAGGGUGAUGUGGUGUCUAUUAGUGAUGGCAAUGGACCUUGCCCACGAUAUGAUUCUAGUGUGAUUGGCGCUGAGCCUUUCUCAACAGACGUCUCAUACGUUGGUCCUGAAGAUCCCAACUUCCCAAAUAUGGUCAAGAUCAUUGUUCGUGUACCACAUUAUAAUGGACUUGUGCCUGUUGUAUCAACACAAGAGCCAACUAACUAUGACCUUCUCUUUACACAAAGUGGGUUCAGGACCGGGUCCCACCCUUGCUCCAACUUGCUAAUGCCCAAUGAAUACACAACAAAAAUGAACUUCCUGACAGAAGACACCGGUAAUGAGAAUGCUCAAGGAAAAGUUUUGGCUUACCAGUAUGACACAAAAAUGAGAUCAAAACCGACUUUACAGUUUUAUCGCAGUCUAGACUUGAACAAAUGCAUGUGGACAUUUGAGAGCUACUACAACAUGAGUGAGAUAGUGACCAAGUGCGGUGGCACAGUUGCCCCAGAUGACACAAUUCGAGACAACACUCAAUCUCACCUGGAUGUCCAGCUACCUUUGCAUAUAGGGUUUGCGUAUUAUUCACCAGACAGUCCUGAUCGUUGGGUGACAUUCAGGCAAGACUCUUCAGUAAAGAUGUCAUUUGUUUAUGACACACAAGUUUUGUGGGAAGGUGGAAUGACAACAACUGAUCAAGUGGUUGAUUAUCAAAACCAACAGGGACAGCAAGUGUCUCUGGAUGUUAGCCAGAGUUCUAUCCAUCCUCAGAGAAUCUACAUUGAUGAAAAUGGUCGGCUGAGAGUAACUUUCUACUCCAAAGCUGGAUUUAGAGGACAGUUUAUUUUGUUACAUGAUGGUGAGAGUUCAAUGGUGAUGUCUAAGAACUACCCAUCAAGGCAGUUUGCUUUGGAGCUGUUGUCCAGUCCCACGACUGUUGUGAAUGCUCAGCAAGUGUGGAGAUUGUCAUCGACAUUGACCUUGCCAGACUACACAGACUCAUACUUGAUUAAACUGAUUCCUUGUGUUGUGGCUCAAGGAGUUGGCUACUCCAAUCCGCUCAAUUGUAAUCCUGCAAGCAAGAUGACAUUUGAGCUGCCCUUACGAUUUCAGCAGACCAGCAAUCCAGUUGACACACAGUACAGACUGGACACGCAGUUGUACAUUGUGAAUAAAGAGGCCACAUGGCUAAUGGAGUCAACAGCGGACUUUGGCGCUGACAUAGAUCAAGUCUUUACUCCAAAUGCCAAGGUGUAUGGUCGAAUCCAGGUAGAUCCAUCUCAACGUAUCGGCUCAAACUUCAAUCUAAAUCUGGAGAAAGUGUAUGUAUGUGCUGGACAAGAAGGCUACGUUCCACGAUACGACCCGGCCAAUGGACAUUAUGGCUGUAUCAGGGACAGACAAGAACUGCUGUACUCAAAGAAGAUCAUUGAUGUUAGAGAACCAGAUACAACUAAUGCAGACUUAGAUGGUGUUUCAUUCAAUGGGCGUAGUGCUUCACAAGUCCCAGGUGCAGCUGCCAUAACGUCGGAUGCCAAUGUUGACGGAUUUCAGUUUGACGUUGCUCCGCUCUAUCAGACUUCAGCAAAUGCAGACAACUUUGUGCAUGCUCUCUACAGAUUUUCAUCAAACAAGCGGCGUCGUUCUACCCUUCUCCAUGUUGUCGAACCUGCGCGUUCAAAGCGCGAUGUCAAUGGCCAGCUUGAAGACCAGGAGGGCACAGGCAUGCAGAUGAUACGUUUGGUACCUCAAAAUCCUGAUGAGAAAUUAACACCCAAUGAUGGAGAGACACAGACCCCUGUCAACAAUCCAAUUCCAAAUCAAAAUCUAAAUCGUGAAGGUGUUCUACCAGGAGAGGGUGGUUUAGAUCCUGGAGUCGAUAAUGCUGCUGUGAACACACCCAGCAGUGGUGUUUCCAUUACUCCCAUUAUUGCUGCUGUGGCAGGAGUUCUUGUUGUCAUAGUGUUGAUAAUCAUUAUUGUUGUGGUUGUACGACGACGUGGUGGCAGAAGCGAGGCAAAGUCUGCUGAGUGUCCUGCUCCCCCUCCUACUCAUUCGGCAACGAAUGCCAUUCCAACGAAGUCGGGGGUCCCUCCAGAUGACGACAACACUGAAGUAUAGUGGAUCAAAUGAAUGGACAAUAAAUAGGGAUUAGAAACUUGGAGACUUGAGACUUACUAAUAAGUGAUCAGAUGAGUUGUUUGUGUUCUAUUUAGUCUCUAGUGCUACAUGUAUGUUGAGCUGUAAUCUUUCAUUUCCCGUUUAAUAAUCAACACCUUGAUAAUGGGGUAUUAUUAGAAGGGGUAUGUAUAACCUCUGUUCUUGGGUUGUCAUAUGGAGAUGUACAGUGUGCAUCUGAUUACUUGUAAUAGACCAAUAGAAACGCAAUAAAGAGCUUACCUACUACA